AGCUGGUUCACACAGACACACAAAGUGCAGCCGUGACACUCGGGCCUCCAGUGUUACGGAGCGGUGAGAGCAGCGCGCGGCACCUGUCCGCCCAGAGCCGGGGCGCGGGCGCCGGCAAGCAGGGACCGGCGCAGCGCGCGUCAGUGCAGCUCAGCCCGCCCGCCUGGACGCGGGCAUGAUGUGGGCCGGGUACACUUGAGCCGGACGCGUCUCCGAUGUUGGAUAUUUGCUUGGAAAAGCGUGUGGGGACGACCUUGGCUGCCCCCAAGUGCAGCUCCAGCACUGUGAAGUCUCAAGGGUUGGCAGAGGGCACCGAGGGGACCAUGAAAAUGGACAUGGAAGACGCGGACAUGAGCCUGUGGACAGAGGCAGAGUUUGAGGAGAAGUGUACCUACAUUGUGAAUGAUCACCCCUGGGAGUCGGGUCCCGAUGGAGGGACCCCAGUACAGGCUGAGGCAUCCUUGCCCAGGAAUCUGCUGUUCAAAUACGCCACCAACAGCAAAGAGGUGACUGGAGUGGUGAGUAAGGAAUACAUCCCAAAGGGCACACGGUUUGGACCCUUAAUAGGAGAAAUCUACACCAACGAUACAGUUCCCAAGAAUGCCAACAGGAAAUAUUUUUGGCGGAUCUACUCCAGAGGGGAGCUUCACCAUUUCAUUGAUGGCUUUAACGAGGAGAAGAGCAACUGGAUGCGAUACGUGAAUCCAGCACAUUCUGCCCGGGAGCAAAACCUGGCUGCGUGUCAGAACGGGAUGAAUGUCUACUUCUACACCAUCAAGCCUAUCCCUGCCAACCAGGAACUUCUUGUGUGGUAUUGCCGGGACUUUGCAGGAAGGCUUCACUACCCUUAUCCUGGAGAGCUGACAAUGAUGAAUCUCACACAAACACAGAGCAGCCCAAAGCCACUGGGUACUGAGAAGGGUGAACUAUGCCCCAAGAGCGCCCCAAAGAGAGAGCACAGCGUGAAAGAAAUUCUUAAGUUGGACUCGAACCCUUCCAAAGGCAAGGACUUGUACCGUUCCAACAUUUCACCCCUGGCUUUCGAGAAGGACGUGGAUGACUUCAGGAAAAACGGGAGCCCUGAAAUGCCCUUCUACCCCCGGGUGGUCUACCCGAUCCGGGCCCCUCUCCCCGAAGACUUCCUGAAAGCUUAUGGCAUGGAGAGACCCACCUACAUCACCCAAUCCCCAAUCCCGUCCUCCACCACGCCGAGCCCCUCGGCAGGGAGCAGCCCUAACCCUAGCCUCAAAAGCUCCAGCCCCCAUAGCAGCCCAGGCAACACCGUGUCCCCGCUGGCCCCUGGCUCUGACUCCUACACUUACUUGAACACACCCUACGGUGCCGCCGGGGAAGGCCUGGGCUCCUAUCCGGGCUACGCGGCUGCAUCCCACCUUCCACCGGCUUUCAUCCCCUCUUACAAUGCCCACUACCCCAAGUUCCUGCUACCCACCUACGGCAUGAAUUGCAACGGCCUAGGCGCCAUGGGCAACAUCAAUGGCAUCAACAACUUCGGCCUCUUCCCGAGGCUGUACCCGGUCUACGGCAACCUCCUUGGCGGGGGGAACCUGUCGCAUCCCAUGCUCACCCCAGCUUCUCUCCCGAGUUCCCUGCCCCCCGAAGGAGCCCGGAGAUUGCUGCAGCCUGAGCAUCCACGGGACGUGCUCGUGCCAGCUCCCCACAGUGCCUUCUCCCUGACCGGGGCAGCCGCCAGCCUCAAGGACAAGACGUGCAGCCCCACCAGCGGGUCUCCCACUGCGGGCACAGCCGCCUCGUCGGAACACGUGGUUCAACCCAAAGCUACCUCAGCAGUCAUGGCGGCCCCGGGUGCUGGCAGCAGCAGCAGUGGCAGCGUCGCCAGCGGUGGCGACGAGGCCAUGAAUCUCAUCAAGAACAAGAGGAACAUGACCGGCUACAAGACGCUGCCCUACCCGCUGAAGAAACAGAACGGCAAGAUCAAGUACGAGUGCAAUGUGUGCGCCAAGACGUUCGGGCAGCUGUCAAAUCUGAAGGUCCAUCUGCGAGUGCACAGCGGAGAGCGGCCUUUCAAAUGCCAGACGUGCAACAAGGGCUUCACCCAGCUUGCCCACCUGCAGAAACACUACCUGGUACACACGGGAGAGAAGCCACACGAAUGCCAGGUCUGUCACAAGCGAUUCAGCAGCACCAGCAAUCUCAAGACACACCUGCGCCUGCACUCAGGAGAGAAACCCUACCAGUGCAAGGUGUGCCCUGCCAAGUUCACGCAGUUUGUGCACCUGAAACUGCACAAGCGCCUCCACACCCGGGAGCGGCCCCACAAGUGUGCCCAGUGCCAGAAGAGCUAUAUCCAUCUGUGCAGCCUCAGGGUCCACCUCAAGGGCAACUGCCUCAUGGCCCCGGCCAGUGGGCUGCCCCUGGAUGACCUGACUCGCAUCAACGAAGAGAUUGAGAAGUUUGACAUCAGUGACAACGCGGACCGGCUCGAGGACAUGGAGGACAACAUUGAUGUGACCUCUGUGGUGGAGAAAGAAAUUCUGGCCAUGGUCAGAAAAGAGAAAGAAGAAACUGACCUGAAAGUGUCUUUGCAAAGAAAUGCGGGGAGCGGACUCCUGUCCUCAGGGUGUGGCCUUUAUGAGUCAUCAGAGCUGUCCCUCCUCAAGUUGCCUCACAGCAACCCACUACCUCUGGUACCGGUAAAGGUCAAACAGGAAACGGUCGAACCAAUGGAUCCUUAAGGUGGUCAGCAAGCGUGUGUGGUUCUCCAGUUACGACUGGUGGCAAGCGCAGUUGCCUGCAGCAUAUGACCUGUCCAUGAUUCCAGUUCUGCAGAGCGCACCCGACAGCAGGUGGCUCCCCUCCCCCUCUGCAAUCUCAGGGCGUACAAAGAGGUAGACUAUAUAUAUAUAUAUAUAUAUAUAUAUAUGCAUAUUAUAUAUACUUAUUUACACCCACGUCUAUAUAUUUGAACCUGUGUAUUUUGACUAUUUGUGUGGAUAUGUUUUUGCAUAGCCUUCCUAUUACUAAGACUAUUGCCUAGCCAUAAUUAUUUUUUCAAUGAUAAUCCUUCAUAAUUUAUUAUACAAUUUAUCAUUCAAAAAGCAAUAAUUAAAAAACGUUUACAAUGACUGGAAAGAUUUCUUGUAAUUUGAGUAUAAAUGUUGUAUUUUUUUGUUGCUGUUGCCUUGUGGCUAUUCUUUGUAGAUAAUUUCUGCACAGCUGUUCUAAGUACCUAAGAUGACUCAACAAAUACGUGACUCUCAAAUACGUCAACCUCUCUGGAUAAUAAUGAUUUGAAAUGAGGUUUUUAGGUCCUGAUGUUGCCAAAGUCAGAAAGUUGAUGUGUUCACGGAUAGGACUGUACUGUUUGAACACCCAUGUAGCAUGCGGUGGGUGGGGUGUGUAUAUGUGCAGAAUUACCCAAUGAGUAGAAGUCGGAAAGGGAAUCUUGGGAUAUUUCUGUUGAUAGUUCAUGCAUACUUUGGUCCCUAGCCACAAUUUGAUCGAGAAGGUGACAAGAAGGCUGUUCCAGCCUGUUCCUCCCCACUCCUCAAAUCCAUGUGACUCUUGCAUCCUGAUGUUACUGAAAAUGUGAAGACAAAAAAAAAAAAAUCCACCAAGUGUAAAUCCACCGUGGAAUUUCCCGCAAAGCACAGGUGGCUUUGUGUGUGUGUAUGAGGUGGGAGGGAAAGGGUUUGUUGUUGAGUUUUGUUUUAUUUUGAAGUCAAAAGUGCACAAACAUGGUCCUGUCUACCAGGAAGGAUUUGACGUAGAUGGGCUCAAGGCCACACUUGAAGGGCAAACACACAGAAAGAUGAAAACGGGUAUUCUGGUCUUAGGGUAAAGCUGGUCAUAAACAUUCCUAGCCUGAACACAUCGGUUGUGCUUCUCUAUAAAACUGUGGUUCUCCUCAGUAUUUGUGCUUUUGCAUUUUAUGGUUAAUUUAAUUGAAGAUGAAAGGGCAUUGCUAAGUUGUUCAACAACAAUUACCUCAUCGAGUGUGUCCAGUCGUGCAGGAAAUGAUGUCUUCUAUGACUUGCUACUCUCUGGGAAGAACCGAGCCUGUGUGCUCGGCAGAGAUGGACUGACUGCGUGUCAUUCCGCCUUUCACUCCGCCAAGGCCAAAGACUCACUCCAUGUUGGCAUUCGAGGUGUAGCAAAGGAUGAUGUGUAUUUAUGAAUCUAUUUAUACAACUAUACCAUGUGUAUAUAUAAUAUAUUUAUAACCACUUAAAUUGUGAGCCAAGGCAUGUAAAAGGCCCUGCUUUUCCUAAGGGCAAAAAAUAAGAAAAAAAAAAAAAAAGAAAACUGCUUUCUGAAACUAUGCUUUAAGUC